AUGAAUGUGAACGAUGAUGAUGAUGAUGAUGGCCGCUUUGUUCUUGAGGAGAAAGGGGAAGAAAAUGGGGGGAGGGGGGAAUUGUCCAUUGCAGGUUGCUUUUUUGCUGCUGUUGACGAUGAUGAUGAUGGCUCAUUUGACGUCAGGGGAAUUUGUACACUUCAUCUUUGCCUGUGUGUUGGGACUUUUCUCUUUUUUUUUUUUUUUUCUUGUUUUUUCUUUUGUAGUUUUUUUACUUGCAUUUCUAUCACUGAUCGCUUUCGCCUUCUGGGCAUUUGUGCGUUUGCGUCAAAUUUAUUUGUUCUUCGUCCCUCUUUUUUUGCAUUCGAAAUUUCAGCGGUUUGGCUUUUUUCCUUCUUUUAUUAUUAUUGUGUGUGUCUGCCUGCUUUUCUGGCGGCGAUGGCCCUGACGACUUCUUACCCCUCUUCAUGGCUGUGGGAAGUGAGGGGGGCAACAUACGCCGGCACAUACAUGUGCACAAAGAAGGGGAAACGGUGCGGUGCGGUUGUGAUGGACCGUCACGAGCGUCUUUCAUCCGUGGUGUUGUUGGUCGUGGUGGUGGUGGUGGUGGUGGGAUGA